CUCAAAUAUUCAUACAAUCUGAGUAAUAUCUUAGCACUUUUUGAUGGCUAGUCCAACAUUCAGCCUCACAAAACAAAGACCACGAAAGCAAAUGCUAACUGUAGGUGCAAAAAUGACAUGCAAGUUUGUGCUUGUUGUUGUUGUGGGAGUUCUAGUGCAAACUUCCUCUGCAAGGAAACUUCUUGAGGAUCCAUUAUUACCCAAUUUACCUAACUUCAACGGUGGAUUUGACCAAAUUUUAGGUGGUCUUGGCAGCGGUGGUGGUGGUGGUGGAGGUGGAGGAGGAGGUGGAGGAGGAAGUAAUGGUGAAUUUGGUGCUGGCUUCGGAUUUGGUGAAGGUCACGGAUCAGGUGCAAUUGGCGGAUUUGACCAAAUUGUGGGAGGUCUUGUUGGCGGUGGUGGUGGCGGCGGCGGCGGAGGUGGAGGUGGAGGAGGUAGCGAUGGUGGAUUUGGUUCCGGCUUUGGAUAUGGCGAGGGUCAUGGAUCAGGUGCAAACGGUAGCGGUGGUGGUGGUGGAGGUGGAGGUGGCGGCGGUGGUGGUCAAGACGGUGGUAGUGGUUUUGGGGCCGGAGCAGGAUGGGGCCAAGUGCUAACAGUAGAUGCAAAGAUGAGAUGCAAGUUGAUGAUUGUUGUAGUUCUGGGAGUUCUAGUGCAGACUUCCUCUGCAAGGAAGCUUGUUGGGGAUUCAAUAUUACCUAACUUCAAUGGUGGAUUCGGCCAAAUUUUAGGAGGUCUAGGCGGUGGUGGUGGUGGAGGUGGAGGUGGAGGAGGAGGUAGUGAUGGUGGUUUUGGUGCCGGUUUUGGAUUUGGCGAGGGUCACAAAUCGGGUGCAAAUGAUGGAUUUGACCAAAUUGUAGGAGGUGUUGUAGCUUUAGGAUUCUUUUAUUGCCAUUGUUAG